GGAGAGCGCAGCGGACGGGAUGAGGCAUUCACGGCGAGGAGGGAAAACCUGGAGGAGCGUCAGACAGCAAAGUGUCCUAAAGUCCUAAAAUACCUCCAACGUUUAUGUUCAACCUUUAACCGGAUUAAAGUGUAAUCUAACACGGCUGGAAGAUAAUAAUCCCGGAAUAAUCUGCUCCAAGAAAGAUCGAUUUUUCUGGAACAUCAACAGAAGGAAUUACUCGGGAGUUUUCCUCCAAACUGCCACCGUGGUCCGCGAACAUCCAGAGGAAAGUUUCUGCCACACUCGGCUCUGAAAGCUCUGACCACAUCCCCCCCCCUCCAGUCCUCCUCCAGUCACAUCAACAGGAGCUCCACCAGCCUCCAACCCCCCUGGAAAUAUCACCCACCCCCCCAAUAAAGACUGAAAAGUCUGAGCAGGAAAUUAAGGAGUGGCAGAGUUUUUCCAGAGGAAAUAAUAUCACCAAGGAUUUAACGGUUGUGUGUCGGGCUGCUUCCUGGCUGAGUGUCAGAGGGGGGGGCGGGGGGACGUCUCACCUGAGGCAGGUCCGAUGUCUCCGGCGCUCAGCACGAGGCUCUGAGGAGGCGGCGGGAUUUUAAGUCAAGCUGGUUGAAACGCGAGGGAGCAUGGGGAAGGAGCAGGACCUGCUGCAGGCGGUGAAGAGUGGAGACCUGAUGUCCACUCAGAAGCUGCUGUCCAAACUCAAGUCCAACAGGAACAAGUUGCUGGGCUCCACCAAGAGACUGAAUGUGAACUACCAGGACUCAGACGGGUUUUCGGCGUUGCACCAUGCGGCUCUCACAGGGACCACGGAGCUGCUGUCUGCGCUGCUGGAGGCUCAGGCCACCGUGGACGUCAAAGACAGUAACGGAAUGCGUCCGCUGCAUUACGCAGCCUGGCAGGGAAAAGCUGAGUCUGUUCUGAUGCUGCUUCGCUCCGGAGCGUCGGUCAACGGCGUCUCCCUGGACGGACACAUCCCUCUGCACCUGGCAGCGCAGUACGGACACUACGAAGUGUCUGAGAUGCUGCUGCAGCAUCAGUCCAACCCCUGUCUGGUAAACAAGGCCAAGAAGACUCCUCUGGACCUGGCCUGUGAGUUCGGAAGAGUCCAGGUGGCCCAGCUGCUGCUGAGCAGUAACAUGGUCGUGGCGUUGUUGGAAGGAGAGAGGAAGGAGCCGACGGACUCGGCCUUCACGACACCGCUGCACCUCGCCGCCCGCAAUGGACACAAAGAAAUCAUACGGCUGCUGCUGAAGGCUGGCAUCGACAUCAACAAGACCACCAAAUCUGGAACGGCUCUGCACGAAGCUUCUCUGUACGGGAAAACAGAGGUGGUCCGACUGCUGCUGGACGCGGGAGUGGACGUCAACAUCCGUAACACCUACAACCAGACGGCGCUGGACAUCGUCAACCAGUUCACCACGUCGCACGCCAGCAGGGACAUCAAGCAGCUGCUCCGAGAUGCGACAGGUGUUUUGCAGGUCAGAGCUCUGAAGGAUUACUGGAACCUCCACGACCCGACCGCCCUCAACAUCCGAGCCGGAGAUGUCAUCAUGGUACCAGCGGCCCGUAGUGACCCGUCUCGUCCCCUGCAGGUGUUAGAACAGCACGUGGACGGGCGCUGGAAGGGCCACAUCCACGACACCCAGAGAGGGACGGACCGAGUGGGAUUCUUCCCUCCGUCCAUCGUAGAGGUCAUCAGCAGACGAAACGGGGGCACCCUGUCCCGGCACGCCUCCCUGCCCACCCAGCGCCAGCAGCUGCUGUCCAGAGCCCCCCUCUCCUCCAGCCUCAGCUCCGCCCCUCAGACCGACGACUCCUACACUCUGUACGCACCCCCCACCCACGUGGUGCUGCCGCUAGCCAACGGCCUCACUACCAACACAGGUUUGUCUCCGAGCCGCCUGUCUCAGUCUGAGUUUCCCUUUGAGGACAUCUGGGUUCUCAGGGACUCGUGUAAUGCUGGAGACAGGAACAGUGUCGGGAGCACCGGCAGCGUCGGAAGCACCCGCAGCGCCGGGAGUGGACAGAGCACCGAGAGCAACAACGCACCCAACGGACUCCAACACAACACUGGUCACCAUGACAACGCCAACAAGCCGGCGCCCCCUGCUGUUGACUCUGCACACUCUGACCUCAGCACACAGCUCGAUCAUCCUGCAGGUGGGACUCCUCGGAGGCAGGCGGUGACGGUGCAGAGACCCGCUGAGCAGAGUUUCUCCCAGCAGUUUGUUCGUCCUCAGCAGCUGCUGGAGGGGAAGGAUGCCGAGGCCAUCUACCAGUGGCUGAGUGAGUUCCAGCUGGAGCAGUAUACUGGGAACUUCAUCAGUGCUGGUUACGAUGUACCAACCAUCAGCAGGAUGACUCCUGAGGAUCUGACUGCCAUCGGAGUGACCAAACCAGGCCACCGGAAGAAAAUCUCCAUCGAGAUCAACAACCUGAAUAUCCCUGAGUGGUUGCCCGAGUACAUCCCAUCCGAUCUGGGUGAGUGGCUCAGUGCCAUCGGCCUCCCGCAGUACCACAAAAAACUCUCAGAAAACGGCUACGACUCCAUCAGCAUUGUCAAAGACCUCACGUGGGAAGACCUGCAGGAGAUCGGCAUCACCAAGCUGGGACACCAGAAGAAGCUGAUGCUGGCAGUGAAGAAGCUGUGUGACAUCCAGAGGGCGAUCCUUCAGGCCGAAUCAGGCCAAGGAACGCUGCGUCGCAAAGGCCCCGGAGCCCUGCACCUGGUCACCAUUGAGCCGCCUGACACAACAGGUGAAUGCUCUUCUCCUCACACCCCAAAGAUGCUGACCUUCCAGGACAGCGAACUGAGCGCUGAGCUGCAGACGGCCAUGUCCAGCCACUACGGAGGCUGCGAGGAAGGCUUCGCCAUCAAGAACGCUGUGGGAAUGUCCCAGAGCCAGGAGAGCAUCGACACCCGAUCCAGAGGCUCUGGACGCUCCCAGGAGCCCCCCACGGCUUCCAUCACCCCCCACAGCUGGUCUCAGGAGAGUCUGGAUGGCAGCCCCGCCAAGGAGAGGAACCUCCCAGAGGGCUGGGACCAGAGGCCUCUACAGCAGCAGCCGCUGCCCAAGCAGGUGCCUCUGGGCACGGCAACCGUGUUUAAGUACCCGGCAAUCCCAGCCAAGCCCAAACUGUCUGGAUCUCGCGGUCCCUCACCUCAUGGCUCCCCAGCAUUGAAGGGUUUCAGCUACCUGCAUUCUCAGUGUGGCUCCACAGACCUGAGCUCAUCGUCCAGGCUUGAGGGCCACUCCAUGACCCUGACGCCGCCCAAGAAGCGCGCCCAGAGCAUGACCCGCUACGCUCUGUCGGAUGGAGAGCCCGAUGAGGACGACGACGAUUCGGCGUUUCCUUCUGGAAACCUGUCGUCAUAUGCAACCCUGACCCGCAAACCUGGUCGCAGCCAGCUGGCUCGAUUACAGUUGAGUCCAGAAAAGAACGGCAAUGUGGGACGCAGUCAGUCCUUCGCAGUGCGUGCCCGGAAAAAAGGUCCCCCUCCUCCUCCUCCAAAGAGGCUGAGCUCAGUGAGCAGCACCACCAGUGGGGAGUUGAGCGACAGCAGCACAACGUCGUCUGCUGGCGGGGCGGUCACAGACAGUCCAGUGAGCGUGAGGAGCAUCGCAGCCUCUUUAGAAGGCAGGACAGAGAUGAAGAACCCACCAGGGCCUAAACCAGAUCUCAUUCAGCAGGAGCUGCCUCCCCCCUCCCUCAACCCUGCAGGGCAGGAACCCCGAGAGGCUGCUGGGGUGAGGAGGAGGGUGCAAAGUGAGUACAUUCCCACCCAGACCAGCAGCAGCACUGAACCAGAUCGAGGAGUGAAGUCUGACUCUGAGGAAGAAGAAUCAAAAGGUCGUGGGCUGGAGGGUUCCUCAUCCCCUCAGAACAGCUCCAGUGAGUGUAUCCCCUUCGCCGAGGAGGGCAACUUGACCAUCAAACAGAGACCCAAAGCUCCGGGGCCACCUAGGGCCGAGGCUGUGCUGGAGCCUCCAGAGAAACCAGCAGCCAAGAACCUGGAGGUGCCCGAGUUUAACCUGAAGGAAUCGGACACGGUGAAGCGCCGGCACAAACCUAAAGACAGGGAGCAGGGAGGAGGCUCCCCCAGCAGAGAGGGAGCAGCUGAGUCAGAGUCCGGCAGCAGCAGACCACCAUCCCAGAGCCAGGAGGUCAGUCUGAGGAUCAGUGAGGCCAGUUUGGAGAGGCCAGCCAGUCCCGCAACAGGAUCUCCCAUCAAACCUCCCCUCUCUCCAAAACCUCCUGCCGUUGCCCCAAAACCUGUCCGCCACAGUCUGCUGGCAGCACAAGCAGCUGGACCUUCCUCUCCGUCUGUGACCGUCAGCGGGGUUCAGAGUGUGGCCUUCAGCUCUCCGUCCUCUCCCGCUCAUUGGCCCCUGGCUCCAGCUCCAGCUCCGGCCCCUCCGGCCCCUCAGAGUCCCUCACUGACAGCGGCGAUGCCUCAUGUGUGUGUGGUGGGUCCGGGUCUCAUCCCUGAGUCAUCCUGCGGGACUGAGGUGGUUCAGCAGAGACUGGAUCAUACCAGCACAUCUCUGGAAGCAGCUCUGAUGGCCGUCGAGAGAAAACUGAAUCUGGAGGACAACUCAGACAGCGGGCCGAACACGGUGAAGUCCGCAGGGACAAUUCUGGACGACAUCGGCAACAUGUUUGACGACCUGGCCGACCAGCUGGACGCCAUGUUGGACUGAAGACUUUUUGAAUAGACAGAAUAUUCACCCUCAACCUCAGGAAGUGAAAACAGAGACAGACAAAAGGGGGAAACAGGGUGUUUGUCCUCACCCCUCUGCUCUGAACUUCACAACGGACGCAGUCGGAGGAGCAAAAACACUCGUCUGGUUUCUCAGCCUGAACACCAGCACUUAACCUCCGCUGUGCUUCCUCCACGAGGUCCUUCGCUCACAUUUCUAACAGACGUCUGGUUACUGAGCGGAUGAACGGCCCCUUUUUUAAACCUUUUUAACGGCCGUGUUGUCGUAUCCUAUCAAACAUGAACCAAACAAAGAAGAAGUUGGACCAGCGGUUUAUUAUCAGCCCACAGAUUAUUAUGAUUCUUGUUAUAGACUAAUAUUGUAACAUGAAGUUUUAUCUUUUUGACAUUAUACAGAGCCGAGUCCUGACCUCACUUCCUGUCCAGCAUCCGUUCCACUAACUGUCUGUAACUCAAUCUGUUCCUGGAUUUAACACUUAUUUAAUAUCUAAAAGUACAUUUAAAUAUUAAUUAUGUUGCCUGUAAGAAGUGUCAACUUCCAGCAGUUUUCGUGUUGUCCUCCCGUAUUAAACUAAAUGUGUUGUGGUCGUUUUGUUUCAGGUAAAUGUGAGACAGUGAAAUACAAUCCAGGAAGUCACAGAUCAGAUAAGUUUAUGAUAUCAGUAUUACAAACCUCUGAAACUCUUAGUAGCUGUUCAAAUUACAAAGUAUUCUAGUAUUCAAAAUGUCCUUAAAAUAAUAUUUAAAAGUUUUGUAUGUAAUUGUCAUUAAACUGUUGCUAACAGCGCCACCAGUGGUCGUUCAGUGAACUGCAUCCUGGGCGUCAGCCAACAGUGACAAACACUGAACGCUGUAAAAUAACUGACAAUCAUAUUUAGAAUAACGUUACUAUCUGCAAUGUUCCUAUGUUUUAUUUGGACCGUUAGCUCCAUGCUACUAACUAGCUCGCCGUUUACAAAUCACCCAUCAGCCAACACCACGAAGCAACCGACGCCAGACCCACAAUGCAACGCCAAGACACAGCCAGCCGAAAUCAGUCCACAGGCAGCAGUUAUUGUGUUAUUAUAUCAUUAUAAACUGAAGUUAAAAUACAAACAGAGAACCACAGUUAUGUUUUGAGGCUGAUUUUCAGUUGUUGUGUCAUAAAUGUGAUUUUUCUUCCUGGUGGAACAGAACCUGGACUCGGCUCUCUAUUCAUCGUGUCUGACCAUUUCAAAUUUUACCUUUUUGUAAUAUUUAAAAACAAAAAAAAUCUAUUUUAUACCAAGUGAUCUUAACCACGUGUAGUCAGUCUUCCACUCGGCUCGGCGUCGACGUGUUCGUGUUGUUCAAAGUGUUUAUGAAGCUGUAAAAGUGCUCAGAGAUACAAAGGGAAGCAUGUUCAGCUCAGUGUACAGUGGAAGACAGUGUCGGCGAUAUACAUAUUAUUUUUUGAUAUUCGUGUUAGCCAAAUUAGUAUUUAAAUUAGAGUUAUCUAAAUAUGUAUAUUGUACACUAGAGCUAUAUACAGGAGCAGAUAUUCAACCAAAGUCUUUGUACAAAUGUUCCUCAGAUAUUUUCACAAACAUUUCCUUUAACCCUGAACUCUUCCUGUUUAUUGUAUUGAUUAAUGUUGGAUCCAUAUUUAGCAUGACCUCGCUCUGUGUGAAUGAGACGCUCUCAGGAAAACUCCCUCCUGACCCGAACACGUCGGCUCGUCCUCGCAGCGCCGGAGGAAAUAAAACGCAGCAUUAAAAAGAAAUUAAAACAUUCUUCUAUGUAUUUCUGUAUAAUAUAUGCAUUUACUUUGUCAUAAUUAAAUGAAAAACAUUUGGUAAAAGGAGAA